AAUGUGAGCUGAUUAAACACACCGAAAUACACAAUUUUAUCCAAGAAUACCAUGACAGUAAACAUUUAGAAGGUUGGCGAAGGGUGAUGAGAUACAUUUUCCUUUAUGAGCAGCAGUUGGGUCUUAGUAAGAUGAAUAGAAUCUGCAUAAAGGAUGAAUUUGGCAACGAUCGGUGCUUUCUUGGCGAGGACAUACGGCUUCCACAAUUCCAAAAAGACAAUCUUAGCCUCGAGGACCGCUUGAGACUCAUCCACAGCUUUGACCUUAGACCUGACGACGUCAUUGUUGCCGGUUACCCGAGGUCAGGUAACAACUGGCUUCAUCAGAUGAUCUACAUGUUGCUGGAAGGAACCCUGGACCCACCUCCCUUGUUUGGACCGGAUUCUUAUGUAAACCUGGAGUUGCCUCAGACACUAGUCGCGUCCUCCCACCUGUCAAACCUCGCGCUCUUUUCACGCACCUUCUCUUCAAGGACCUGCCAAAGGUCGUCACUGAAAAAAAGGUCAAGGUGGUGCACAUCACCAGGAACUUCAAGGAUGUCUUCGUGUCUUUGUAUUGUCUUACAGAAAAAUUUACUAGAUGCCAAUAUCAUCCACCGUGGCCAGAGUUUCUUUCUACUAUGCUAGAUGAUGGCUGUAUGUCAUUCAGAUUUGCAUACCUUAAGUUUUCUAAAAGA